CUUUUCUCCAUCGUUGCAGCACAGUUGUUAGCUAGUUCUAUCCUGUGCACAUGUCUGAACUGGAUGCAUGUUGCAUUUUUUCUUCCUUAACCUGCUGUGUGUAAAUGAUGAAGCUCAAAGUCGGGCCAGUGGACGGCAUUUGCAGAGACUAUGCGCCUGGGAAGAGCUUCAGCUUUCAGAUCAGAGGUGACCCGGGUGCAAAAGUCAGCCUGGUGGCUGUGGACAACGCUGUGUAUCUUCUCAACAAGGCCAGACUCACACAGAGGAAGAUUUGGGACGUGGUGGAGCACGGAGACAUUGGCUGCACCCGUGGGGGAGGCCGAGAUGCUAAGGGGGUGUUUUCAGAUGCAGGACUGAUGCAGGACUGAUGCAGGACUGAUGCAGGACUGAUGCAGGACUGAUGCAGGACUGAUGCAGCACUGCUUUAUUCCUCCAGUACCGGGUUCAAAACUACAACCAGACAAAGUAUGUACGAGCAUGGAACAGCUGUCUGUUCUGUUUGGAGAAUUUCAGCCGUUUCUCACUCGAGCAACUUCCUGAGUUGACACCAUCGUACAUGCUGUUAACGUGUUUACAUGUGAAGGCAGAUACCUACUUGUUUUAGAUUCUCCAGUCAGGCUACUGAGCAAAACACAGAGUAGUUCACAGGAAUCAUCAUGUACUGUAAUACUGGUGAUUUUAAUUCUUCUUCUUCUUAUUGUUUUUUUUCCUCCGUAUU